CAGAGUCGGAGCCAAAGCAGGGAGAGUACCCAGGAAGGCAUACAGAAGGGCCAGUAUAUAUUGAGCUGCCUGCAGGGUUUUUGGUUCCUUUCACGGCAGUACAAAGUGUGUCCUGUCACUGUAGGAUCCACUGGCUUCAGACAUGGCGCGUCUGGCCCUCCCUGUCCUCCUCGUUCUUUGCUUCUCCUUGCUCCACUUCAGCUCCAGCCGCCCAUCUCGCACCAGGAAGGCUGUGUUACCCCGUCAGUCCGGAGCUGCAGAAGAAGAUGAUGUGAAGUCCCAGCUUGAGAGGUUGUGGCAGGAGGUGAAUUCACUGAAGGAGAUGCAGGCGUUGCAAACAGUCUGUCUCCGUGGCAUCAAAGCUCACAGAAAAUGUUAUCUUACAAUUGAGGAACCCAAACAUUACCAUGAAGCAAAUGAAGACUGUAUUGCACAAGGAGGAACUCUUGCAACGCCACGGGACAUGAUGGAAAACAAUGACCUGAGAGACUAUGCAAAGAGGAGUGCUCCAGGAUCCAAGGAUUUCUGGAUUGGUGUAGCAGACAUAGUGAAAGAAGGUCAAUAUGUUGAUGUCAACAGCCUCCCAGUCAGCUACUUCAACUGGGACCGCUCCAAGAAGCAGCCCACAGGAACAAAAAGGGAGAGCUGUGUUGCUCUUUCAGUGGUUGCACAAGGAAAGUGGUACGAUGAGGUGUGUCGCAGCCUCAAAAAGUAUAUCUGUGAAUAUAUAAUUCCUUGAGAAGACAGGACCAGAUAGGUUGUUGGCAACUUAUGAAGUAUUUCUGAUUUCUGAACUUGAUAAUCAUUUAUGCAAGUAAUUCAUUAAAUUAUUGUGUUGUCAAAUCUGUGCUAAUUAAUAACAGAAACAUGACUUAUUUUAUUAAAAUCUGUCUCAAUGGUUAUUAAAUAGGUUGUUAAUUAGCUUUAAUACACACAAUCCUGUAAUCCUUAGUAAUCAGGGGACUACAAGAUGACUUCUGUUUUAUAACAGAUAACAGAAUACAUAUUCACUUGUGCAUAUCCCAAAUCCUCAGGUGAUGACUGAACUAAAGAAGACAUUAUGUUACAUAGAAAUAAACAAGAAUGUAAACUUUGUUAUUUUGUUACAACUUUUGUUUAGAAUUUUGCACAUACACUUUUCAGAAUUUCACAGUUAUCUUUCUGCAUUAAAAAAGUAUUUUACCGCGGGAA